AGAUUAGUAUAAUGUUUGUGUACAAUUCCUUUCAUUUGUUUCAUUUUUUAUUUUAUAUUUUCGAACGCAUUUAAAUAUUGCAGUAGCAUAUUGCGGUGUGCAACAAUUUGUAGAAUUUAAAAACGAAAAAAUGACUUUUGAAAGACAUUGGAUGUUGUUUGCGAUUGUUCAAGUGCUGUUUGUGUGCAUUAAAUGUGAAAAAUAUCAAGUGAUAACGGUGGAAGAGCCGACCUACGAACCAAAUUGGGAUAGUUUAGACCGUCGACCAUUGCCGAAAUGGUACGAUGACGCAAAAAUUGGAAUAUUUCUUCAUUGGGGCAUAUAUUCGGUGCCCACAUUUGGUACUGAAUGGUUUUGGAAGUAUUUACGUGAUAAUAAAGAUCAACCAUAUGUUUCAUACAUGAAAAAGAAUUUUAAGCCUGGUUUCACCUAUCAAGAGUUUGCGCCUCAAUUCACUGCAGAACACUUCAAUGCCAACGAGUGGGCCAAGUUAUUUGAACAAAGCGGUGCAAAAUAUGUGGUUUUGACAAGUAAACAUCAUGAUGGCUAUACCCUGUGGCCAUCAAAAUACUCAUUCAGUUGGAAUUCAAUGGAUGUCGGUCCACAUCGUGAUUUAAUUGGUGAACUUUCCAAUGCAAUUCGUGCAAAUACAACACUCAAAUUUGGUCUUUAUCAUUCAUAUUUUGAAUGGUUUAAUCCGAUGUAUCUCAGCGAUAAACAAAAAUCAUACACCGAAAAUGAUUUUGUUACCAAGAAAGUUAUGCCCGAGAUGAUGGAAUUGGUUAAUAACUAUUCUCCUGAAGUUUUUUGGUCAGAUGGUGAAGGUGAAGCGUCUUGUGAAUAUUGGGAAGCGACUGGAUUUCUUGCAUGGCUCUACAAUGAGAGUCCAGUUAGGAAAACGGUCGUUGUCAACGACCGAUGGGGAAUUGAUUCGCAGUGCAAACAUGGCGGUUUUUACACGUGUGGCGAUCGAUUUAAUCCAGGUAUUUUGCAAAAGCAUAAAUGGGAAAAUGCAAUGACCAUUGAUAAAAAAAGCUGGGGCUAUCGAGCUGAUGCUCGUUUGGACGAUUUUUUAACCAAUGAAGAGUUAAUAAAGGAAAUUGUAAUCACAAUCAGCACCGGCGGAAAUAUAUUGGUUAACGUUGGUCCAACACAAACCGGUUUAAUCCAACCAAUUUUCGUUGAACGUUUGCGUACGAUGGGCAGUUGGCUGAACAUAAACCGUGAUGCAAUUUAUGGUAGUCAUCCAUGGAUUCAUCAAAACGAUACUAAAACCCCAGAUGUUUGGUAUACCAGCAAAUUAGAAACGACCAAACGUACAAUUGUGUAUGCAAUUGUUCUGAAAUAUCCAUAUGAUUCGGCCGGAAUCAAUUUAUAUUCACUUGGUGGAAAAUUCGACAGUAACACCAAAGUCAAAAUGUUGGGCUAUUCGAAAAAAUUAAACUGGUAUGGCUCAGAUGAGUCAAUGUACAUCGAAUUCCCAGAUAAAGUUCAAAUCGAUAAAUCAGGUCUACACACCGCAUGGACAUUGGCAAUCAAUAUACCAGAAGAUGAAUAAUUAUUUGUUGGUUUAAAUUUAAUUAAAAAAAAAAGAGAGAACGAACACUUUUUCAAGAGUAAUAAUAAAUAACAUAUUUUAAUAUC